AUAAGCAGAGACGAAAAAGUAAAACAGAAAAUCAGUAAAGGAGAAAAGUGACAGUGAAUGAUGUUGAGAGCGCCCACACAGCACAUCGUGGAACUCGGCUUCGGAACGAAAACCCCAGCAACAACAACGACGACGUCAGCAGCGACAGCGGCAGCGGCAGCAGCAGCCAGCGGAAAGCAGCAGCAGCAGCAGCAUCGCAGCAAGACAUCUCUGUUGCAAAAGCUCAGGCAGCAGCAGCAAAAGCUCCAACGACAGCUGACAUCGCCACACGGAGAGGCAGAGGCCGAGGCAGAAGCAGAAUAUUAUUUCCAGCAGCGGCAGCGGCAGCAACAGGCACCUUCGCCACACUCGAGCGACAAGUGUCUUCUGUUGCUGGCGGCGACCAUAGCUGGCGGAGAGGAGGCAUUGCCGCUGAAGACCAAGAAGAAGAAGGAGUCCUGCAGCUACAAUCUAGCAGCAGCCCUAAGGCGCCACAAGAAGCCAAAGACAGCGACAACGAUAGUCGCCACAGCCACAGCCACAUCACCGGUGGCACCAACAGCAGCGGCAACGGCAGCGGCAGCCGCAACCUCGACAGACGACGACGACAGUUGUCGCAGCAUCAGCAGCGGCAGCAGUCUCUCAAACAGUUGCAUUAACCAUCAUAGCAGCACGCCUUAUAGAGACACAAGUGGCAACAACAACAACUACCUAAGUAAUUACAAUUGCAAAACCAGCGAGCAACAGCAAACAGCAGCAGCAACAGCAACAGCAACAGCGUGGAAAGCAACAACACAGCAACAGCAACAACAACAGCAACAGCUGCUCAUUAACAGGUCAGGAAGCGGCAACAACAGCAGCAGCAGUGGCCCCACAUCGAUCAUGUCACCCACAUCGCAGGCGCCCACCCGAACCUCGCUCUUCGAUUCCUGCCACCGCAAGAUCCGCCUCAUAGGCGGCGGUCCAGUGGCCUUUCUCGGCGGCCUCGUUGCCAAGGCCCGUCGCAAAGAACGCGAUGGCGAUCAAAAUUCAACAGACACCAAACUGUAUUUGGAGGAGAGUGUCCUAGAACGUAAAUUACCUGAAGCUGAUCUCAAAGCCUUGGUGGAUCUACCCGCAGGCUUGGACUACAAUGAAUGGCUGGCGUCACACACCCUGGCUCUCUUCGAGCAUGUAAAUCUGGUAUAUGGAACUAUUAGUGAAUUUUGUACACAAUCCGGUUGCGCAGACAUGACUGGACCUGGCAACAGAACGUACUUAUGGUUCGACGAGAAGGGCAAGAAGACGCGCGUGGCGGCGCCCCAGUACAUCGACUACGUGAUGACGUUCACGCAGAAGACGGUCAGCGAUGAGUCGAUAUUCCCAACCAAAUACGCGAACGAGUUCCCCGGCUCGUUCGAGUCGAUCGCGCGGAAGAUCCUACGCUUGCAAUUCCAUGUGAUAGCGCAUCUGUAUGCGGCGCAUUUCCGAGAAAUCGCGCUGCUCGGCUUGCACACCCAUCUAAAUCUGACCUUUGCGCACCUCACCGCUCUGCAUCGGCGCUUCAACCUGAUCGACGAGAAGGAGACGGAUGUGCUGCGCGAUCUGGAGGUUGCAUUGCGCCUAACCGACGACACCAGCGGCCAGGAUUCGUCCUCGUCGGUGCACGAGCACUCCUCCUCCUCAUCCUCGCCGCCAGUCGUCGCAGCCACAGCAACAGCCGCUGGUGCCUCCGGCUGCACCGAUCAGCAUCAGCAGCAUCAACAUCAGCAGCAGCACAACAAUAGCAGCAGCACCAGCAACAGCACCUCCCCCGCGGAGGCGCUGCACGUCAAUUCACAAAGCAACAGCCACAGCAACAGCAGCAACAGCCACACCACAACCGCCUCGGCGUCAGCCUCCCUCAUCGACGGGGACUCUGCGGCGCCGCCCAUCUGCACCCAGCCGGAGGCGGGAGCGGGCUGCAAGCCGGCCGGCAGCGGUGGCCUGCUGGGCGGCAUACUGGGCGACCUGACCAGCGGCGAAUUCGGUGAUACUACGCGGUACUGCACCUCGGCGGUUCCACAGGCGGCGGCGUCGUCGUCAGCGUCUGCGGCGGGACCAGGAGCGGACGGCGCUGCCUCAGCGGCCCUGAACAAUGGCGCGGGCGCACUACAUUUAAACUUUAGCAACAAUAAUAACAAUAACCACAAUCUGAACCACUUGAACCAUCACCACCACCAUCACCACCACCAGCACCAUCACCAGCACCACCCACACGGGCAUCACGGCCACCAGGGCCACCAAGGCCACCAGGGGCAUCAUCAGGCGCCGGCGUCCACAACUGUGCCGCACAGUGGCCUCAUACAGUGCAAUGCGGCGGGCGCUGUGGGUGCGUCCGCAGGCGGUGGUGGCAAUGCGGUGAGUGCCGCCACCGGGGGUGCCACAUCCGCGUCCUCAACGGCAUAGGGAGCAGCAAAACGGCAAGCAGCAAAACAGCACCAGCGGCAGCAGCAGCAGCAGCAGCAGCGGCAGCGGCAGCCACAAAAACAACAACAAAAAACAUUAGAAAUACUAGAAUUACGCAAAAAUGUUAUUUAAUGUUACUUCUAUGAUCCUAAAGUUGAAAAUAUUGUAAAAAUAAUAAAAAAAAAUCAAACAAAAAACCGAAAAAAAGAGAAAACAAAAAACGUAAACUCAAAGAAAGAGCCACAAUUAUGCAAACACAAACGAGAGAGAGAGAGAGAGAGAGAGAGAUGUAGAGAGAGAUGAAUAUUGUGAGACAUUAUUAUAAAGCCGCAAAGUGUUGGCAUCCGUAGUUCCGUAAGCCGGGUAGCACGUUGAUCUAGAUAUGUACGAUAUACCCUACUGUAUAGAAAGAGCUGCAAGCAAGCAUAGUGUUUAGAGAGUUGUCGCAGUUGAGCCUCCUCGCUUCUGCUUCUGAUAGUAUUUUAGCCGUCAACCUACUUCUUCGAGUCGCAAAAACCAAACAAAAAAACAAAAAACAACAAGCCUUCAAGGCAGCAAAAAAGGGCGCCCCCCAGAGCCGCAAAUAAACCUAUUUAAAAACGAGAGUCCAAUGGAAAAUGUAUAAAAAGCCCGAAACGGAAAACGUACUAUAUCCAACUCCAAACCAAAACCAAAAAUCCAAAAAUCCAUAACUUUUAAUGAUGUUUCUCUGGAUGCCUCUGAUUUCCUAGAUUCCGUAGGGGAAUCAUCCACCCGCUUAAGAUAGACGAUAGAAGGGAAAGGAUUUUACAAGGACAUACACUGAAUUUUAAAUAAUAAUAGGCUCUCAACCCAAGUAUUUAACCAAUGUUCUAGAAUGUUUAAGUAUGCGUUAAAUUGUUUGAAAUUCUUUUCGCUAGAGAACUGAAUUCGCAUCGUGUGAUAGAGUAGUGCACACUGCUCGUGGCAAAUAGAGAUUGUAAUUCUUUCUGUCCCAUCUGUUGAUCGAUUUUUCAAAAAUAUACACAUGCAUAUGUAUGUACGAGUAUGUCCGCGAUUCUCCACCAUUUUCCAACGAACGAUGCAACAUUUCUCUAUGUACUUUAAACGACUUUACUGCUGAUAUCUGAUCGGGAGGAAAUAAAUAAACACAAACAAAGUAUGGCACGUAUGUAUUCCACACGUAUGUAUGUAUCCACUUACAUGCAUUCCACUUAACGACGCGAGCCGCAGAGCAUGCAC